GGACUUCCUCGGCUCUGGGGGUGGGCGGAGGCGGCCGGAGGAGCAAGCGGGCCCCGGGCUCGCUGUUGCCCAAAUUACGCGGAGGCACGUGUGCAGUCCCGGAAGCGGCUUGGGGACACUGCCCCGCGCGCGCAACGCAGCUGGUGUGCUCGGGUCGGGUCUGGCUGGGCCAUGGAGUCGUUGCCUGAGCCCGCGCCCCGGCUCAGGCCCCGCUGGCUUCUGCUUCUCCCUCUGCUUCUGUUGCUGCUGCUGCUGCCAGCCCCAGAACUGGGCCCAAGCCAGGCCCAAGCCGAGGAAACCGACUGGGUUCGCCUGCCCAGCAAAUGCGAAGUGUGUAAAUAUGUCGCUGUGGAACUGAAGUCAGCCUUUGAGGAAACUGGCAAGACCAAGGAGGUCAUUGACACGGGCUAUGGCAUCCUGGACCGGAAGGCUUCCGGAGUCAAAUACACCAAGUCGGACUUACGGUUAAUCGAAGUCACUGAGACCAUUUGCAAGAGGCUCCUGGACUACAGCCUGCACAAGGAGCGGACUGGCAGCAAUCGGUUUGCCAAGGGCAUGUCAGAGACUUUUGAGACACUGCACAACCUGGUACACAAAGGGGUCAAGGUGGUGAUGGACAUCCCCUACGAGCUGUGGAACGAGACCUCUGCGGAGGUGGCUGACCUCAAGAAGCAGUGCGACGUGCUGGUGGAAGAAUUUGAGGAGGUGAUCGAAGACUGGUACCGGAACCACCAGGAGGAGGACCUGACCCAGUUCCUCUGUGCCAACCAUGUGCUAAAGGGCAAGGACACCAGUUGCCUGGCAGAGCAGUGGUCCAGCAAGAAAGGGGACACAGCCGCCCUGGGAGGGAAGAAGUCCAAGAAGAAGAGCAGCAAGGCCAAGGCGGCAGGCGGCAGUGGCGGCAAACAGAGGAAGGAGCUGGGGGGCCUCGAGGGAGACCCCAGCCCCGAGGAGGAUGAAGGCGUCCAGAAGGCCUCCCCCCUCACACACAGCCCCCCUGAUGAGCUCUGAGCCUAACCCAGCAUCUCCUGAACCGAGACCCCUGACCUGGAAGUUGGAGAAUCUGGGGCACAGCUCUGGCAGGCAAAGACAGCGCUCGGGUCCUCAGGUCCUCCCUGCCUCGGCUGUGUCCUCUUCCUGGCGGGGAAAGCCACAGCUCUGGGAAGAAAGCAGAUCAGCUUCGGUCAGCCCGCGCUGGCCUUUUCCCUCUGCCAAGCGUUUUUCUCCUGGCAAGGCUUCAGGCAAGCCGUGGGAUGUCUGGACGGUGGAGGAUUCCUGUGUGAGCUCAGGAGGCGCAGGUGUUGGAGCUGGGCCCCAGGACCGGAGCCCUCCAAAGCCCUUGGGGAGGGCACGCCCGGCCUUCACCUCCUCUCGCUCCUGCCUCCGCAGGGAAGCAAGACUGCAGCCCCAGCUCCUCCUCUCUGCUCAUCCCUCCUGUGGACACCUUGUGCUCUGCCCGGCCCUCCUCGGGGCUCACAGAGUAAAAACCUUUUGGCCUUUUUGUUCCGA